CUUGUUUUUUCAUUUUUUUCAGCCCACGGACUUCCCGCUUCUCUCGCUUUCUCUCUUCUCUCUCUCUCUCUCUCUCUCAAACUCGUACCCAACCGUGGUUUCAAUUUAUUGAUUUUUUUUCUUUGAAAAUUUUUAGAUUAUAAUAACCAAAAAAAAAAAAAAAAAAAAAUCGUAACUUUCAGAACAUUUAAUAGCCAUUUUUUUAGCACAACGCACUAUAAGAUCUUCCCUCAUUUCUCUGCGGUUUUGUUUUUCUCCAAAUUCAAACGCGGCCUUCAUUCGCUUUGAAGAUCUGAUUUGCACAAAUUCAUGGAAUCCUCAUAAUCUACAAGGGAAAGAAGUAUUCUAGUCUCAAACCUUAUAUAUUGCUUGCCUUAUGGAGAACGGAGAAUCAACCAAGAAAGAUCUCUCAAAUCCUCCAACUGCUGAGAAGUUGGAGGGAGAAACACUAGCUGUGGAUAAAAAUGAACAAGGAGAACCAUGUAAAGAGAUGAAAUCUCCGGACAUCAGUACUGAAAGCCCAAAUUUAAAUGAUGGUAAUGGAAAAGAUGGCACAGUUGACAAGAGGGAUGAGUGUAGUGAUUUGGUGUCUAAAGCUGAGGGAGAGAAAACUGAAGAUGGUCCUGGGCAAGAUGGCUUGAAGAACAGCAUCCCUCUGGAGUCUAAAGCUUGUGAAGAAAUGUUAGGCAAUGAUAGGAAACAAGAUAAUUUGGACCAAAAGAUAGAUAAAAGCAAGUAUUUGGAAUCUAAAGCUGAAGGAGAAAAUUUGGAUACUGACGUCGGACAAGAAGAUUCUGUUGGUAAGAUGGAUGAAGGAGGGAAAUUGGAGUCCGGAGCUCAGGAAAAAAAAUCAGCCACUGAUGGUGGGAUUGAUAUCCCUGGUGGAAAGACAGAUGCAAAUCGAGAUUCAGCAUUGAAAGCUCAAAAUGAAACAAACCAAGCGACGGAGGAGAUUCACAGUGAGAAGAAGAAGCAAGGAUCUGUCUUUGAUGGAACAGAGGCAUCUAAAGCUCGAAACGAAACAAACCAAACUAUGGAGGAGAUUUUUAAUGAGGAGAAGGAGCAAGAGCCUGUCUUUGAUGGAACAGAGGAGCCUGGGAUGGAAGUUAGCAGAAGUUUAUCGAAUCAUUCUAUCGAACAUGAUUCAGAGAACCCAAAGGUAGUUGAGAAGGCAGUUGCAUUAAAAAACCUUGUUGCAGAGAAGGGUGUUGUUGCAGUCUCAAGUAUUCUACGUCGCCUUUCUGGAAGAAAGGAUGAUGUUGGACAGGAUGUUUCUGACAAUGCAGAUAAGAAUGUUUCAGAUUCCACUAAAGAUAAUGAAACCUAUGAAGUCUCCCAAAAAACAGCAGAGAGGUCUGCAUGGAAUCCCCUAAGCUAUAUUAGUUUUUCAAAUGUUGAUGCAGAAAACAAAGUUGAGGAGAGGGGGGAGGCUGUUGAAGAACCACCAAAACUAUUAGUUCUGAAGGGAAGAAUAAUAUUGUACACAAGGUUAGGAUGCCAAGAAUGCAAAGAGGCUAGGUUACUUUUGCACAGGAAGAGGCUUGGAUAUGUUGAGAUUAAUAUCGAUGUCUACCCCAGUAGAAAGCAAGAGCUGGAGAAGAUUGCUGCAUCUACAGCUGUUCCAAAGGUGUUUUUCAAUGAAGUUCUUAUUGGAGGCCUGAAUGAGCUAAGGGGCUUGGAUGAAUCUGGGAAGCUUGAUGAAAAAAUUGAGUAUCUGAUCAAUGAAGCGCCAUCAUUUGAAGCGCCUAUGCCACCACUUUCUGGUGAAGAUGAUGUUUCCAAUGGUGGAGCUAUUGAUGAACUAUCUCUGGUUGUCCGGAAGAUGAAGGAAUCUAUUGUUAUUAAGGACCGAUUUUAUAAAAUGCGGAGGUUCACCAACUGUUUUCUAGGUUCAGCAGCCGUGGAUUUCUUAUCUGAGGAUCAGUAUCUUGAAAGGGAAGAGGCUAUUGGAUUUGGGAGGAAGCUUGCAAGCAAACUGUUCUUCCAACAUGUUCUCCAUGAAAAUUUAUUUGAGGAUGGUAACCACCUCUAUCGGUUCUUAGAUGAUGAUCCUUUAGUGUCUGAAUGUCAAAAUAUUCCAAAGGGUAUAACUGUUGUGAAGCCAAAGCCUAUCAUAGAAAUUGCAUCAAGGUUGAGAUUUUUGUCAUAUGCAAUCUUUGAGGCCUACACAUCAGAAGAUGGAAGGCAUGUUGAUUAUAGAAGUAUACAUGGCAGCGAGGAAUUUGCAAGGUAUUUGAGAACAGUGGAGGAGCUCCAAAGGGUGGAAGUACAGGAUAUGCCAAGGGAAGAGAAACUUGCUUUUUUUAUAAAUCUAUAUAAUAUGAUGGCCAUCCAUGCAAUUUUGGUGUGGGGUCAUCCAGCUGGUGCUUUAGAAAGAAGAAGGUUAUUUGGAGACUUUAGGUAUGUUAUUGGUGGGAACACCUACUCACUUUCAGCUAUACAAAAUGGCGUAUUACGGGGCAACCAAAGACCGCCAUACAAUCUCAUGAAGCCAUUUGGUGCAAAAGACCAAUGUUCCAAGGUGGCUCUCCCUUACCCAGAGCCUCUUAUUCACUUUGCUUUGGUAUGUGGUACACGAUCUGGACCUGCUCUUCGAUGUUAUUCUCCAGGAGAUAUUGAUAAAGAGUUGAUGGAAGCUGCCCAUAAUUUUCUGUCAAAUGGGGGAGUUAUUAUUGAUUUCAAUGCCAAAGUAGCAUCAGUCAGUAAGACUCUCAAAUGGUAUAGUGUCGACUUUGGUAAGACUGAGUUAGAGGUACUCAAGCACGCAUCGAACUACUUGGACCCACCAGUCUCAGAAGCUUUAUUGGAGUUGCUUGCCAACACUCAGUUGAAGGUUAUAUAUCAGCCAUAUGACUGGGGUUUGAACUACUAAUCUUAGUUGUAGCCUUUCUUGCUUACCAUAUACAAUACAGUUUUACAUAUAUAGCUUCCCCUUUUAUACAAAAAUGAAGAGGGAAGUUUUAGACAAUGGUUAUUUUUUACCAUCCCCAAUUUCUGUU